UUUACUUUGGAAUGUGAAGUUCUCUAAUUAGAAUUCACCCUUAAGAGUUUGUUCCAUAAACCAUGAAAACAUUACUUUUGUUCUGCAUUUUUUUCAAAUGGAUUUUGGUGAAGUCGAAGAAUCAUUACGAAAUACAUGUCACGGACCUAAAAUUCAACACCAACUCCAAGUAUGCUGUCGUCUACAAAUUCCAAAGGAAUUUGACGCAUUUUGAUAUCGACAUUGGAAUCAACCAUGUUUUAACAAGGACAGUGUUUUCCAUAGGAAUAACGCAUUUCGAGGGAAGGCGUCGCAAAGCGAACAUAUUCAAUCGAAAUUUCAGCCUCUGUCAAACAGGGGCUGAAAACAACAUGUGGCACUUUUCGGCUGCUUACAUUUCUGCCGCUCUAAGUAUGCUCCUGAAUCAACAAUUGUCAUGUCCUUUCACCCCUAGGAAUAUUUCAACUCGAAGCGCAUCAUUCAAUUCGGAUCUACUCCCAUUGAGUAUGUUUUACAGUGCCAAAAGCUAUUAUAUAACGAAUGCAUCUUUUUUUGAAAUUUUAAAAAAUAAUGUUGUUGAAAAGAUAGCGGGAUAUGUUUUAAGGAUGGAGAUCGUAAAAGUAUGA